UCCACUCGACAAUCAUUGUCGAAUUGAAAUGGUAAGAUCUUCAUCAUGGCACCGAAUGUCAAAUUUCCUGAGAAAAUAUCGAAAAAUUCCUCAUUCUCCCUUCAAAACCAAAUGGAACGAGAAUCUCAAGCAGAAAUAUGCAAUGGAAGAGCUAAGAAGCAGUCCGGUCGCAGAUUCAGAGGACGGUGGUGUUAUACGAACCCUCGUAAGCUCUUUCCGACUCCAUAACUGUGAGCCAACGCCUCAAGCUUACAGAUUUGUUAUCAAAACUCUAGCUAAAACCUCUCAGCUCGAGAACAUUGCAUCUGUUCUCAGUCACCUUGAAGUCUCUGAGAAGUUCGAUACACCUGAAUCCAUUUUCAGGGAUGUCAUCGCUGCUUAUGGUUUCGCCGGAAGAAUCGGAGAGGCAAUCGAUGUUUUCUUCAAGAUCCCUAAUUUCAGGUGUGUGCCUUCUGCUUACACGCUCAAUGCUCUGCUCUUAGUUCUCGUGAGAAAAAGAGAGAGUCUUGAAUUGGUGCCUGAGAUUUUGGUGAAAGCUAGUAGAAUGGGUGUGAGGUUAGAGGAAUCUACAUUUGGGAUAUUGAUCGAUGCUCUAUGUAAAAUCGGUGAGGUAGAUUGUGCUACUGAGUUAGUGAGAUACAUGAGUAUUGAUUGUGUUAUUGUUGAUCCGAGAUUAUACUCUCAGUUACUGAGUUCUGUAUGUAAACACAAGGAUUCGUCAUGUUUCGAUGUCGUUGGAUACUUGGAAGAUUUGCGAAAGACUCGGUUUUCACCAGGUUUGCGGGAUUAUACAGUCGUUAUGAGUUUCUUGGUUGAAGGAGGAAGAGGAAAAGAAGUUGUAAGUGUACUGAAUCAGAUGAAAUGUGACAGAAUUGAGCCCGAUAUUGUUUGUUAUACUAUCGUGUUGCAAGGGGUAAUUGCGGAUGCGGAGUACUCGAAAGCAGACAAGUUUUUUGAUGAGUUGCUCUUGUUAGGCUUGGCUCCUGAUGUUUAUACCUAUAAUGUGUAUAUGAAUGGCUUAUGCAAGCAGAACGACAUUGAAGGCGCCUUAAAGAUGAUGUCUUCGAUGAACAAGCUAGGUUCUGAGCCUAAUGUGAUUACUUACAAUAUAUUGAUCAAGGCAUUGGUUAAUGCUGGGGAUCUGAGUCAAGCUAAGACUCUCUGGGAAGAGAUGGGGAUAAAUGGAGUUAACCGGAACAGCCACACAUAUGAUAUUAUGAUUAGCGCAUUUAUUGAGGUAGGUGAUGUUGUUUCUGCUCAAGGUUUUUUGGAGGAAGCGUUUAACAUGAACGUGUUUGCUAAGAGUUCAAGAACUGAGGAAGUCAUUAGCAGGUUAUGUGAUAAAGGCUUGAUGGAUAAAGCAGUUGAACUUUUAGCACACCUGGUGUGAGCGCUAUGGAUCAACUCUAAAUAGCUGUAAAUUGAUGUAUUUGGUCUUAUGGAUGAUUGUUAUAAGUUACAACUUAUAACUUAAAAGAAGGGAUAUUAGUUUAUUUGUUCCAGGAUUUGUGAAGUGAUCAAAGCAAAAGAGAAAUCUUAAUUUAUUUCAAA